AUGUGUGGGACCAGAAGUUGUUCGGUCGUCUGUUUUGGACGGACUCGCUUUGCUUGGAUCAGGACGAAUAAGGAGGAGAUUGCUCAGCAGAUACCGCGAAUUGGAAGGAUAUACGCUGAUGCGGAGGACGUUAUUGUAUGGCUGGGUCAUGAUCAGCGGGGUGAAGGUGCUCUGAAGCUUCUCCAAAACUGGAGCGUGCUUGAGGGUAAAGAGGACGGGGACGUGCCUAACGAUGUUAGGGAGGGGGUGCAUUACCUUCUACUCUUGCCAUACUGGAGUAGGGUGUGGAUUGUGCAGGAGGUCGUUCUAGCGAAGAAAGCUCGCGUCGAAUGUGGCCGCUCUUCUCUCGAUUUCGAGGAAUUCUGUUCAAAAGCCCGCUACUUCCGGAAGGAGAAGACAGAACUUCAAAACCCGCCUAUGGCCUGGUCUUUGCUCGAUCUCCGGAACAAACGGACUAAACGACCGCUGUGGCAAAUUAUCAGGAAAUCCGGGAAUUACGAAAGUACUAAGAUGGUCGACAAGGUCUACGGGUUUCUUAGCUUGGUUGAUGACCAUGACGAUAGGAUCAAGAACCACCUUGGUGUAGACUAUGAUAAGGAGCCGUCAGAGGUCUUAUGGGACCUCGUUUUCGAGGCUUGCCCGCCAUGCGACGAGCUUAAUUGGUUCUUAGUUUCUCUGAGCUGCAGGUUAGAGGAAGAAGCAGAUUUUCAAUCGCUGCGUCAAUAUGCGAGAUCACCUAGGACUUCGUCAAGACAUGCCAAAUUCGCUAGAAUUGCUCUAGAGAUAUUCGACGCGAUGAAUGUUUUGAGAUUACACGUCAUGGGCAAUUGGGACGGAAAAAUGGAACGCAUCUUAAAGCUGGUAUCGUUAACGCCAAUGACGGAGGCUCAAAGCGCGGCCAUGGUAGGCAUUGUUUUGACGAUCUAUAGAGAGCAGAAUCAUUUGCAGUGGAUGACCUACUGGCUGCCAAAUGGUGACAUAGGUGACAUUUCUCGGUGGCAGUGUGCGUUCCAUCGCUCUUCUGGCAAUCCCAAUGGGGCACUGCUCGACGGGAAUUAUGUCAAGGGAUAUCCGGGUGUGUCUAUUAGUCCGGGACAGCGCACACUUUACGAGUUCUGCGCUGAGCGUUGGGUCGAUCACAACUCUAAUAUUUCCUGA